CAAACACUCCAAUCCUCAAAAAAAAUAGAGGAUGCCCCUCAAGAUUCACCCCGCCACACCCCGCGACUCCCCCGCUCUAACAACCCUCUUCCUUGCCGCCUUCUCCGACCCCUUCAACCACGCUUUAUUCCCGCGCACGCCCGACGUGCGCGUGUGGUGGGAGGAAAAGUUUGCGAGGGAAGCAACUGCGCCGGGACAGGCUUUGUUGAAGGUUGUUGAUACACCUGAUAAUGCAUCUGGUAGUUCGGGAGGCAAUGAAAGUGAAGGGGAGAUAGCAGCGUUUGCGAUUUGGAAGUUUCCGGCAUAUCAAUCACAAGAAAAUCAGAAAGAGAGGGGUAAAACAGGAGAGAAAGAGGAAGGCCAAUGGCCCCAAAGUAGUGACCCAGCUCUCUGCGAGCGAUUCUUUGGCGGUAUGGCUGCGAAACGAGAGGAAUAUAUAGGCUCGAAGUCGCAUUACUACCUCGACAUGCUCGGCACACACCCCUCCCACAACGGGAAAGGAAUCGCCUCAAUGCUCCUAAAAUGGGGUCUUGAUCGUGCAGAUAGUGACAGAGUACCCGUAUUUCUGUCUGCGUCUCCGGCGGGCAAGCCUAUGUAUGAGAGGAGGGGUUUUCGGGUUGUGCAGGAGGAGGAGGUUGCCGGGGGGUAUGUGCAGGCGUAUAUGGUUAAGGAUUAACACGCAAAGUACGACUGAUUCAUAUAGUAUAGAGGAACUGUAUAGACGAGUGUAUUCAAAAGUUACCCAUAGCAGACGAACUCCAUAGGAAAAGAAUCAAGUAUUAACCAAGACAAAAUGCAAGUCAUAAGUCGUAACAUAACUAUAAAUAAGGGUAGAGUCUCGAUUAUGCCUUUCCUCCCAGCCGCUCUAAUCGCUCUCUGAGCGUGUCCACCUCGCCGUCAGACCGUUUCUCCUUGAGCGAUAUAGAGCGAUACUCGCCAUCGCCGCCAGGUGCACCAACAGUCACCCAGACAAACUUGCCGCCGCUUCCGCCUUGAGGAC